AUGUAUACAAUAUGUACAGCACAAUUACUUUAUCAUCGUUAUUAUACAGAAAAUUCAAUUGAAAAGGCUACAUCUUCAAACAAUAUAACAGCUGAUGUUAGUAUAACGUGUUUAUUUGUAGCGACAAAAAUAGAAGAAACAUACAAAAAAUUGAAAGAUAUUCUUAUAGUAGCUUACUAUGUUCUAUGUCCAGAAGGACCUGAAAUUAAUACUGAAAAACAGAAAAGAAGAGUACUUACAUUAGAACAAACAAUAUUAGAAAUAACUUGUUAUGAAUUUAAAUUUCUCCAUCCACAUAAAUUUUUAAUGAAAUUUGUAAAGAAAUUAGGCGGUGAUAAAUCUUUGGCAUUUAAAUCUUAUCAAAUAGUUAAUGAAUGUUAUAAAACAACUGUAUGUCUUAGAUUUCCUCCGCAUACUUUGGCAGUUGCAUCAAUUUAUUUAGCAAUUAAAUUAUUACAACUAAACGAUUUUCCACCAACUCCUUCUUCUAUAAAUAGUAAUGAUACAACUUGUGAAUACGAAUGGUAUGAAUUAUUUUUAUGUAGAAUUGAAGAUAUUGAAGCUAUAAAUAGAAAAAAUAGAAAUGAAGAUGACAAAAAUGAUCAUUCACUAGUAAUAAUAGAUAAAGAGGAUGUUCAAAUGACAUCAACAUCAUCAAUUCCAACAACAAAUGGUACAGAUAAAAAUAAUGCAACUACUAGAUAUCUUUUUACACCAACAUAUGCUAUUAAGCCUAUUAUUCACUAUUAA